CGCUCCACCACCCGAAGCGAGCCUUCGUCUGACUUGUCGCACGCUCAGUUCUCACAUGGACACAUCCCCUACAGACCACUGUAUUGGUCGUAUAUAGAUCUUUGGUUCACCGUUCCUUCGGUGGCUUCUGCAUGGAUGACGGACGGAUGACUUCUGCGAGUUCCGUCGGUCUUGUAAUGGCCAAUGGUCCUUGGCUGUUCUUCAUACUGUCAUUCACUCUUGCCCUUCUCUUGAUGUUUUUUACAUCGCGAAAUCGUCUUCCCCCUGGUCCCAAGGGACUUCCCUUGAUUGGAAAUGUCCUCGAUAUGCCAAACGGCCAAGAGUGGAAAACAUUUGCAGAAUGGGGAAGGCAGUACGGUGGUAUCUGUUCCGUCACUCUGCUGGGGCAGCCUAUGAUCAUAAUCAACUCUGCCGACAUCAUGGCUGAACUCGACAAAAAGGGCACCCUCUAUUCUGACCGCCCUCGACUCGAGAUGGGAGGCGAGCUCGUCGGAUAUUCGAGAGCCCUUGCCCUCAUGCCCUACGGUGACCGCUUCAGGGCAUACAGAAGACACUUCUCUCGCAUUAUCGGUACCCCAAAGGCAACCUCAAAAUACAAUGCUCUUGAAGAAGCAGAAACACACAAAUUUUUGCAAAGAGUUGCCAAAAAUCCAGACGGGCUACCUCAACACCUUCGCAAAACAGCUGGGGCUAUUAUCAUGAAGAUCGCUUACGGUAUCGAAGUUCUGGAGGAGAACGACCCGUUCGUGGAGUUGAUCGAAUAUGCAAAUGAUCACUUCAGUGCUGCGACUGCUCCAGGAGCAUUCCUCGUCGACGUCUUUCCUUCAUUACGACACAUACCUGCAAGUUUCCCUGGAGGGGGAUUCCAUACUCUUGCCGCGAAAUGGGCCCAGUCAUUCAAUGACAUGGUGGAGGUGCCUUAUGCCCAUGCUAGAGAUCUGAUGCGCCAAGGAAAAGCACCGAGCUCUUUGCUAACAACGGCUUUGGAGAACGAGGACAAGUUAUCAGAAGAAGACAUCUUCGUUUUGAAGCAUACAGCUGCAUCGUUAUAUGCAGGGGGCGCUGAUACCACAGUUUCUACUCAGCAUGCUUUCUUCCUAGCGAUGAUUCGCCACCCUGACGUUCAACGAAAGGCUCAGGCAGAAAUUGACGCCGUCGUUGGAAACGACAGAUUACCUGGAUUCAGAGAUCGAGAACGUUUGCCAUAUGUAAACGCAGUGGUCACGGAAGCAUUCCGAUGGCAUAGCAUAGCACCAACAGGUGUCCCUCAUCGCGCUACAGAAGACGGUAUCAUCGCCGGCCAAUUUAUCCCAAAAGGCUCCCUUAUCAUCGUAAACCUAUGGAAUAUGACGCACGAUCCAGAUACCUAUCCAAACCCAUUCGAGUUCGACCCUGAUCGAUUUCUUUCUACCCCUGGAAAACCGGUCCAAAAGGAUCCUCGACAAAUAUGCUUCGGGUUCGGUCGUCGGAUAUGCCCUGGUUUGAAUCUCGCAGAAGCGUCUGUGUGGCUUUGUAUCGUUAUGUCCCUGGCUGUUCUAGACAUAAAGCCUGUAAUGGGUGAGGAUGGAAAGCCGAUCAUCCCCGAGCUUGAGAAUACAAAUGGGACAAUCAGUCAUCCUGUACCCUUCAAGUAUAACGUUAAACCCCGCUCUGAGAAAGCUAUGGCACUUAUAUCUAGUGAGAUCGCCAACUAGGCGAGGCGGGCGUUUCAUACGGUCACGGAGACAUAUCGGUAGUACGCUUUUAAAAUUACGAAUGGUCCGCCAUUAGACUUAUUGGAUAUGACGUUGGCGGCGACGACAACAUUUAACGAGAAUCAAAAAGAAUCAAAAAGUCUGGCAACGACAACGAGCUAUAUCGACUACGCGCUACGGUCAAAUCCCUGCCCUUGGGAUAAGACUCAUGAUCAGCAUCGAACCUACAGUAGAUUUAUGACCCUUUUUGCAACUCAUAACUCCUAUCAGCCAUUAAGAUUUAAUUUGAAAGGAGAUAGAGAGUGCGAAGAGAUGGGCAUGAUAUGAGCGAUGAGCGGAUAUCGGAUUGUGCGAAGCGAGGCGGUAUUGAAGAGAUAGACAACCGGUGAAUUCGUGAAAAAAAGUCUUUGCCUAACGCUUUACCGAACCUGGUCGAUAAU